GGCAUUUCGGCACGCCGCCGCAAGGGAUUGUGGGAGACGGCGAGCCGUUUGUUUGCUUUUGAGCCGAUCAGGUUAAGGUGUGAAAGUAAACGCUUGGUUUCGGCAUUUUUUGGGGAUAUUUGCGUUGUUGCUAAGGCGUUAUUAAGAUCGUAGUCAAGUGUUUAGUGAUGAUGAAGUUUGCUGAAUCGUCGCUAAUUAAAAUAAAUAGCUAGCGUUAGCCUGGCUGCUGUUGUCGCCGCGUGAGCCGAAAAACUCGAGUCUGUGUUUGUUUGUUUGUUUGUUUGUUUGUCUGAGAGAAGGAGAGAGAGAGAGAGGGAGAGAGGGAUGACUCUGGCGCCGAAGGAGCUGACCACACUCCUGGGCCUGCUCUCGGAGGAGGCCUGCGCCGGCAGCUCGUUUGAGAGCCUCGCGAGCGCCUUCCACCACUGCUUCGGUAAAGCCGAGCACUUCCGGGUGGGUUCCGUGCUCGUGCUCCUGCUGCAGCACGCAGACCUGCUUCCGGGUUCCGCUCAGCGCCUCGCCGCGCUCUACCUGCUGUGGGAGAUGUACCGCACCGAGCCGCUCGCCUCCAACCCCUUCUGCGCCGUGUUCGCGCACCUGCUCAGCCCCGGCAAGGACGAGCACGAGAGGCACCUCUCCGGUUUCCUUCCCCCAGUCACUCAGCCUGAGAAGUUUUUCCUCUCCCAGCUGAUGCUCGCUCCUCCUCGGGAGCUCUUUAAGAAAACGCCACGGCAGAUCUCCUGCAUGGACGUGAGCUCGGCGCCGCAGAGCGUCGACAUCAGCGGACUACAGCUCGCCCUCGCCGAGCGUCAGUCGGAGCUUCCCACCCAGAGCAAAGCCAGUUUCCCCAGCCUCCUCAGCGACCCCGACCCUGACUCCUCCCACUCAGGCUUUGACAGCUCUUUAGCCAAUCAGAUCACAGAAUCGCUGGUCACAGGGCCACGCCCACCUCUGGAGAGUCAUUUCCGUCCCGAGCUGAUCCGGCCGGCUCCUCCGUUAUUCCAGGCGAGUGAGGCUGAGCUGGCGUGGCUGAGUCCGGCUGAGCCGGAGCACCGUGUGCAGUGGGAUCGCUCCAUGUGCGUUCGUGCUGCCACCGGCCUCGAGACCAAACGCAUCAUGGCUAAAGCCUUCAAAAGCCCGCUCUCGGCACCUCAGCAAACUCAGCUGCUAGCUGAGCUGGAGAAAGACCCGAAGCUGGUGUACCACAUCGGCCUCACUCCUGCGAAACUGCCUGAUCUGGUGGAAAACAACCCGCUGGUGGCCAUCGAGAUGCUGCUGAAGCUCAUGUCCUCCAGCCAGAUUACAGAAUACUUCUCUGUCCUAGUCAACAUGGACAUGUCCUUACACUCCAUGGAGGUGGUCAACAGGUUGACGACGGCGGUGGAUCUUCCGCCCGAGUUCAUCCACCUGUACAUCUCCAACUGCAUCUCGACCUGCGAGCAAAUCAAGGACAAGUACAUGCAGAAUCGGUUAGUGCGUCUGGUGUGCGUUUUUCUUCAGUCGCUGAUCCGCAACAAGAUCAUCAAUGUGCAGGACCUGUUCAUCGAGGUGCAGGCGUUCUGCAUCGAGUUCAGCCGAAUCCGCGAGGCCGCCGGUCUCUUCCGCCUCCUCAAGACGCUGGAUAACGGAGAGACGCCGGCGGAGGGCAAAGCAGCCAAAUAGUCCUCUCUGAAAAUGCUGAUCUGGACUGACGUAGCCCUUGUGGCAGGUGAACUGGCAAUCAUCUCCGUCUCGGUUGAUCCUGGACCUUCAUUAUUGAGGCCUGAUGAGGCUGAAAUUUUUUUUUGUUUCCCCAAAGCCCUAAUCUCAGCCGUAUUUCCAGAAAGUAAGAUCCGAGAAAACAUUAAGCUAAAGCUGCUAACAAGGGUGCUAAAUUAGCCUCAGUGCUGUUUGUGACGUGUAUAGCUUAGCUCCCUACAAAAAUCACUUUGAAAGCAACCAAGAACUUACUCUCAGCCAAACCUGGACCUCGAUUUGACCUUCGUCUUGACUUUGUUUUAACCUGCCACUGACACUGAAAAGAAGGGAGCUAGAGAGAUGGAAGAUGAACAAACUGUAACCCAACACUUGUGUACUGUUUUUCUUCUCCUUCUUAUUCUUCCAAGUAUUUUCUUUUUUUUUUUUUUUUUUUUUUUUUUUUUAAAGAGAGAGUCUUUAGACCCUCUGUGUAAUAGGAAGGAAGUCGAUAGCCCUUUCUUUGAGAGGGAUAUUAUAUAAUUCAUGACCCUUGUACAAACUGCUUCAGCAAUGAACUACCAUGUUGUACCUAUAAUGUAUAAGAAAAAAGGGAGAAAAUAAUAAAAAAAAAGCAAAAUA